ACCCACUUUGACUUCACCGCCCUGCUCGUCUCUCUCGGGGAGUGGGUGCUGAUGCAGCAGCGAAGAUUAGGAGCUGCUGGGUUCAUGUGUGGUCGGUGUCUGUGCUGCAGCUCGGGGAAAAAAGCUAUCUAUCCGAUAGUGAGGAGGUUUGGUGCGGUCAUCCUGUCAGCACCCCUGUAGUAAACCAUGGCUGAACCUGAACUUCUGUUAGACUCCAACAUUCGCCUUUGGGUGGUCUUACCUAUAGUGUUCAUCACCUUCCUUGUUGGAGUCAUUCGACAUUACGUCUCGAUUUUGUUGCAGAGUGACAAGAAACUCACACUAGAGCAGGUUUCUGACAGCCAGGUUCUCAUCAGGAGCAGAGUAUUAAGAGAAAAUGGAAAAUACAUCCCCAAACAGUCCUUCUUAAUGAGGAAAUUUUACUUCAAUAACCAAGAUGAUGGGUUCUUUAAAAAGACAAAAAGAAAGGUGGUUCCUCCCUCUCCAAUGACUGACCCCAGCAUGUUGACAGACAUGAUGAAAGGCAAUGUAACAAAUGUUCUUCCCAUGAUCCUCAUUGGUGGCUGGAUCAACUGGACAUUUUCUGGGUUUGUUACAACUAAAGUACCAUUUCCGCUCACACUCCGUUUUAAGCCAAUGUUGCAGCAGGGUAUUGAGUUGCUCUCACUUGAUGCAUCUUGGGUAAGCUCUGCAUCCUGGUAUUUCUUGAAUGUUUUUGGCUUAAGAAGCAUGUAUUCUUUGAUCCUUGGGCAAGAUAAUGGUGCGGAUCAGUCUCGAAUCAUGCAGGACCAAAUGAGUGGUGCUGCCAUGGCAAUGCCUGCAGACACAAACAAAGCAUUUAAGGCAGAAUGGGAGGCUUUGGAGUUGACAGACCACCAGUGGGCACUAGAGAGUGUGGAGGAGGACCUGAUGAGCAAGGACUUGGACCUGUCUGGCAUGUUUAGCAAAGAUUUGCCAACAGGAAUUUUCUAAUGGCCUGUUACAUUAAGGAACUUAAAUCUCAUCAGCCAUAAUCUAAUUAUAAUUAUAUUAUUUAAAUAUAAUUAUAAUUUAAAAAAAAUGUGUGGACUGGUUUUGGAACUGAUCAGACACCUGUUAGUUCCUGAUGACUUGCAUAAACCUCACUGCAACAUAUCACAUGUGCAUGCACUGUUUCAUUUUUUUCAUUCAUCCCAUGCUUUUUGUAUUAUAGAAGUAGUUUAGAUUAUGAUUUUAAGCUUAACGUUUUAACUUAACUCUUUUUCAGUUGCUACUUGUAAUAGAGCAAAAAUACAGUCACACUACAAUGCAACCCUUGGGGGCUGUUGUGGCAUCAGGUAGUAUAUAUCGUGAAACUAUUUUUACUGCUGAGCAAACAAUGUACGAGUUUGAUUAUAAAUACACUUGGUUGAGUUGAAAGCAGUGUUAAACUGAACCAGGUGGAAUGAAAAUAAGAUAAUACAGCUUACAGUAGUAUUACACCCUGGUCUGAUCAUAAACACCAUUAUUAUAAUGUAUUUUUGUUUCCUUUUAAAGCAUCCAUGUAGGUUUUGUUUUAUUAGACCAGAGGAUUAAUGGGACCAUGGUUAAUUGGAGGAAUUUUAGAAAGUGGACCAAGCCAAAACUACUGAGGUUCAGUCAUAUGUGUCUGACCAUUAUGUUUGGGAUCACUAGUGCUUCCCUGAUGGACAGCAGCUUAGUGUGGUCCUACUAUGCCCCUGAUCCUUGUCUGUUGUGUAUUAAAGUACCCGUAGUCUGGUAGUGUCUCUAACAUUUCCAAAAGGCAUGAUCCAUUGUUGUGCUUAGUUUUGUAUUUAUUUAAUUAGUUUUGUAACAUUUUUAUUAUGUUUUGUAAAGUGACUUUUGACACCCUCGUACAGUUGCAGGAAAUGUUCACCCAUAAUAGAACUUGUUUUACCAAAA